CUCCACUGCUGCUCAUGAAGCCUGUCACCCUUCAUUUCCUUACAUACUAACCUGCAGCCUGAGUGGCAGCGUUAGUAGUGUUCUGGUAAGCUGGUGUUCCUCAGCAGCAGAGAGUAAGAGAUGACGGUGACGUACUCGCGCAGGGUUGCAGAUGCCCGUCUUGGGACCUUCUCUUACCUGCUACUGCGUUGGAAAGGGAGCAUUUACAAGCUGCUGUACCGAGAGCUGCUCAUCUUCAUUGUGCUUUACUACAUCAUCAGUGUCCUCUACAGGUUCCUCUUGGAUGAUGGGCAGAGGAGGCUGUUUGAGAAACUCGCCAUCUACUGUGAUCAGUAUGCACAACUCAUUCCUGUAUCAUUCGUAUUGGGUUUUUAUGUGACCCUGGUGGUAUCUCGCUGGUGGGGGCAGUUUGAAAGCAUCCCAUGGCCGGACCGCUUGGCAGUGUUGGUGGGAGGAUACAUCCGGGGGGCAGAUGAAGGUGCCAGGCUGAUCCGCAGGAGUCUGGUGCGUUAUGCCAACCUGUCUGGCAUCCUCAUCUACCGCUCCAUCAGCACUGCUGUCUAUAAGAGGUUUCCCACCAUGCAGCAUCUUGUACAAGGAGGAUUGAUGACAGUAGAGGAACUAAGACAUCUGGAAGAACUGCCUUCUCCUCAUAAUAAAUUCUGGGUUCCUUGCAUGUGGUUUGUGAAUCUGGCACUGAGAGCCCGGACAGAUGGACGCAUCAACAAUGAUGUCGCGCUCUCUGCCAUUCUAAACGAGUUAAAUACGUUGCGCUCACAGUGCAUGAAGCUGUACAGUUAUGACUGGAUCAGUCUGCCACUUGUAUACACUCAGGUAGUAACUGUGGCUGUAUACAGUUUCUUCUUGACUUGUCUGAUUGGUCGGCAGUUUCUCGACCCCGCCCAGGGCUAUCAGGGCCACAACCUCGACUUCUACCUUCCUGUCUUCACACUGCUGCAGUUCUUCUUCUAUGUCGGCUGGCUCAAGGUGGCAGAGCAACUCAUCAAUCCAUUCGGGGAAGAUGAUGAUGACUUUGAGACGAACUGGCUAGUAGAUCGCAACUUACAGGUGUCUCUGCUGUCAGUUGAUGAAAUGUAUGAUAUGCUUCCGAUGAUAAAGAAGGAUAAAUACUGGAAUGAAUCAGAGCCUCAGCCGCCGUACACAGCUGCCAGUGCUGAACACCAAAAACCCUCUUACAUGGGGUCUGCUCUGGACAUCAGUGUACCUAAAGAAGAUAUGGAGUUCCAGCAUAACCUGGAGCAGAUCAAGGAGCAUGAGGAAGCCAACCACUCCACUCCUCUUCUGGGCAGUUUGACUCGUUUGCUGGGUUUGCAGUCACCUAGCUUUCCCCGCUCUUCUCCUUCUUCUUCUUCUAGGGCUUCUCUUCUCCGUCGCCGGCCACGUGCUCCUUUCAGCCGCUUCCCACUCUAUCUGCAUCCUGAAGCCCCUGUGAUGCACAGCCAGAACCAAAAUCAACCUGAAUGUGACAUGGCUGAGUAUGCUUUUUCCUCCAUGCCCCUGUACGAGAGACCUGGUUUCUAUAGUUGCCCACAGACACCCAUCCACUGUAUUCCCCCGCCUGUUAAUCGUCUCCGCCCACCCCGCAGGGUACAGGGCGACCUGGCACACAGCAUCAGCUCACUUUCUCACCCUUUGCUGGGAUCCCAGCUGCUGCCUCCUGAUACACCAGGCCACAUGCCCCGUGCCACAUCCUCAGGCUUUUCUGGGAUGGGAGAAGACGGCUCAGGACACCCUUCUGUGCCCACUUUCUCCUUCCCCGAUCCUGUAGCAGAGAUGUGCCCUCCGAGCAAACUAUGGAUAAAUCAGGCGCUGCUGUCGCAUCACCCUCCAACUUCUUGUCUCUCUAUGGACACUCCUCCUCCAACAGAAGGACAGCAGGGACCCUUAAGUGCCCGUGCGAUGAGUGGAGGCGGAGAGAGAGUGUUCUCCUUCACUCCUCCCAUACGGAACCCCAUUCAGAGCAGCAUGAGCUCAGGGUGCAUAAAUGCAUCCAGCACAUCCAACAGCAACACCAACAAUACCAACAACAGCAUGGGUAGCCUGUGUGAUCUCACAGGUCUUGCAUGUGGCUUGAGCAGCAACGCAAGAAUUCUCAACAGAAGCACCAUGGCACUGACUAACUCAGCCAGUGUCAUCACUCCUACUACUGCCAACACAACACAGCAAACACCCAGUCAGCACAAUUCCCCCAAGGAUUUGGGGGAGGAUUUAUUGGGAGGGUUAGUGGUGCAGAGUGGAGCUGUGAUACCCAGUGGGGCAGGGAACAGUUCUGAGAGAGGAUGAGGAGUUCACAAAAACAACUUAUAUACAAAAACAAGCCACAUACUUCAAUGUUUUCAAUAUGCUGCAAGUAACUUUGACCAAAUAUAUGUUUACUUCACGUAAUGUAUAAUCAAAGGAACAAUUACCGCGGUCACGAUAAGAUAAUCCAUGGCAUGAUGAGCAUCCCUAUGUCUAUCCAUUUUCCUUACCACUUAUCUUACACAGGAUCAUGGGGAGCCUGGAGUCUAUCCCAGGGGACUCAGGACACAGGGUGGAGGACUCCCUGGACAGGGCGCCAACCCAUCGCAGGGCACAAUCGAACACACACUUAAACAGUAUGGACAAUUUGGAAAUGUCAGUCAGCCUACAAUGCUUGUCUUUGAACUGGGGAAGGAAACCGGAGUACCUGGAGGAAACCAACAAAAACCCUGGGAGAAUAUGUAAACUCUACGCACACAGAGCGGAGGUAGGAAUCAAACCCCCAAAUCCCGGAAGUGCGAGGCAAACGUGCUAACUACUAAGCCACCGGGCAUGAUGAACAUAUGGAUUAGAAUAUGUCUGAUGACGAUUAGAUAAGACAAAUGCGGUAAUGGCACUCCACCUAAGAAGCACAGGAAGCAGAAAGUGCCACUUGGCAGCAGCUUCUUUAAUAUUUAGUAAGCAAUCACAAAAUAGCAACCUUUAUCAAAGCAUAUCAACCAGUUAUUUAAGCACAAACAAUAACAAGACAAUAACAAUUUGGUGGACCUUGAAAAUCUGCUGUGGGGAAUGUGAGCAUUGGGAAAAGCAAUAUAAAAGAAGACACACAUAUUAAAACAAAGUCCGGUAAAUCUUAAAACAUAUUUCUCUAUUAACAUCCUAUUAUAUUUCACUAGUAACUUUUAAUCUUUGGUGCUUUAAAUAAAAUGUUUUGUAUUUUUAAACCUUGUAUAAUCAAAUUUACAUGUACAUUACUCUCAUGUAAAAAUGUGUGCAUUUUUACAUCCAUAGUCAAACAUUUUCUCCAGUAAGUAUUAUGAAGUAUGUGUAAUAUGUUAUUUAAUCAAUACCUGGGAUUUUCUAUCCUCCUUUCAUAAAUGAUAGUUAUAAAUGUUAUUUACAUGCCACUGAGAGGGCUAUGUGUGAGAUGUUUUACAACACAAUAUUUAGGACACAACUAUAGAGUAAAAUAUCCCGCUGAUAAAAACAACAGAAACCCUAGUAGAAUUUGUACUGGUUUUAUUGGGAAUUGUACUGGUUUUAAUGGAAACUGUAAUAGUCCCUGUGGGUCUCUAUUGGUAAUUUGUUGCCUGAUACUGUUGGUAUGUCUAGUGGAUACCAUUAAGGACCAAUAAUGGUAAUGGUUUUACUGGUUAGCUGAUGGUUUGUAAUGGUAUUUGUAGUGGUGGAAACCAUUAGAAUUUCUGUGAUUUCUAUUGUUUGGAUGUUGUUUUUUCAGUAGAGAUAUUAUUGAUCAAUAGCUUAAAAUCGCAGAAUUGUCAGACAGCAUUAUGUAUAAAUGCUUGUUGUUUACAGUGUGGUUUAAUUUAUUGAUGAGUGUCAAAUAAAAGGAAAAAGUACAUCUACUCAGGACAUCCACAUAUACCUCGUACAUCCGCUCAGUAUGUACACAUAUAACAUCACAUCCGCUCAGUACGUACUCAUAUACCCAUCACAUCCGCUCAGUACGUGCUCAUAUACCCAUCACAUCCGCUCAGUACG